AUGUCGAAGCUGUCGGAGCCGCUGAAGGCCCUCAUCAACGCCGGCUUCGCCAGCCCGGGCCCUGCGCCCGCCUCCAAGGGCAUCCGCUCGCUGUUCGAGCACAUUGCGAAGGACUCGGCCUCGAAGAACAUCGCGACUCGGUGCUGGCUCACCAUUGCCACGGCCACCUCCAUGACCAUGAACUCGCCCGCCUCCAUGAAGGAGCUGUACGACGUCGCCACCGCCGCCGACAACCAACAGACGCCCGUCGAGGCCGCCGAGCUGAUGCGCGAAGUCGGCCUCAAGUGCAUCGGCUUCAACGGCAUCCCGCGCUCCAUCAACUGCCUCGGCGCCUUUCGCAGCAGCCUCCCCGAAGACGUCGUCCGCAGCCUGUCGACAGAGCCCACCAGGACACCCAGCACCUCCAACAUCGACGCCAUGCGCGCCCGCGGCCUCGCCCUCUGGUCCGACAUCUACCGUCCAUUCGACGCAAAGCUGCUCGACAAGCUGGCCGCAUCGCACCCGGACCUGCCCGUUCACAUCAUCAACAGCCACUACUCAGCCCUCUUCACCGACCCGCCCGAGAAGAACCAGUCCAUCCCCCGCGUUGGCCGCACCCUGACAUCGCUCGUCGGCAUAUCGUGUCUGCGCGCCCAGACGGGCGUCGGCCCUCAGGUCUUGUCGCACGUCUUCGGACUACGCAAGGCCUUCGACGACGACGGCAUCAAGACGAAUCCCGAGGCCGACCUGCCCGGCGCCCGCUGGCUGGCCGGCGAAGAGGGGAACUUUUGGAUACUGCAGACGGUCGAUGCCAUUGUCAGGGAGAUUGGUGAGGGCGAGGGGACGACGUAUGCGCCGGGGUUGAGGGCGAAGUUGUGA